CUUCAAGAAACACACACUUCAACAGUAUCUUCAAUCUUCAACCUCUUCAAGAUUCAAACUUUGAUUCCAAUUUGCGAUUUCAACAACACCCAGAAACGGUUUCAACUCAAUCAAUCAAUCUUUUCACCAUUUCAAAAUCUGGGUCACCAUGAAUAUCAAGAGCAAAGAAGAUUUCUGGAUGUUUUACAUGAACCAUCAUUCAAAGCCUUCAACAAGGAAAUGGCACUUCAUAGGCACACUUUUGAGCAUAAUCUUGUUUCUAUGUUCAAUAAUCUUCACUUGCUGGUUCUUGUGUCUUGUUCCUUUGUCUGCUUAUGGAUUUUCUAUGUAUAGUCAUUUGUUCAUUGAAGGGUGUUUUCCUGUGACUGUUGGGUACCCCUUUUGGUCUCUUUAUUGUGAUUUUAAGCUGUUUUGGUUUAUGAUUACUGGAAAGAUGGACAGAGAGAUGAAAAGACUUGGAAAGAGACCUGUGUUGCAACUCUACUGAUUUUUUUUGGGCAAUAUAUGGGCAGUUUUGGACAAUAAUAUUUGCUACUGGUGAAGAUUAUUCUUUGUAUUUAGAUACCAAUCUUUGAUGAAAGGCUACAUGAUGAUAUAAAAAAUAAUCAUGCUGGUGAUAUAUUGAUAUGAUAUAUAGUAUAGAUACACAUUCAAAGCACUUAGAUAUUGUUUCAAUUGUUGGCUGUAAC